GUGACUCGCAGCCGCUGCGGGGACUCUGGCUCCAGGAUCCUGGCGAGAUCCCCGAGCCCCGGCGGCUGGUGCUGGGAGCCCGGAGCCCGGGCUGCAGCCGGGAGAGGGGAAUCUCCAGCAGGGCCCUUCCCGCUGCUCCCCAGGAGCCUCUCCCAGGGCAGAGCCCCCAGCCCGGCCAGGCCCCUUCCCGGCCCGGCCCCUGCCCCAGGGGGCCCCGCUCGGAGGGAAGGCUGAGGAAUCACAUCCACUUUUCGCUCCAGAUGGGCCCGUCUUCCAGGAGACGGAGAAGGGAAAUGGCUGUGAUGGAGCCAGCUCAGAUGCCGGUGACCUUUGAGGAGGUGGCUGUGUAUUUCACCCAGGGGCAGGGGACUCUGCUGGACCCCGCUCAGAGAGCCCUCUACAGGGACGUCAUGCAGGAGAAUUACGAGACGGUGACCUCGCUGGGAUUUCCCAUUCCCAAACCUGAACUGAUCGCCCAGCUGGAACGAGGGGAAGAGCCGUGGGUGCCUGAUCUCCAGGCCUGCGAAGAAAGGGAGAUCCCGAGAGGCGACCGCACAGGUGCUGAGAGAGUGAGUGAGAAUGAAGAGGAGAAUCAUGAUGCAGAAGUUCCUGGUAAAGUGCAACCACGGGAGACCUUUACGGGAAGUGCUGCAUGGAAUUUUUCCCAGUGCUUGGAACAGGGAGAAGCCUGGGAAAAUUGGCAGAGGUCAGAGAGGCUGCUGGGAAACCACCCAGGGAAGAAAGUCUAUGAAUCUACUAACUCGGGGAGAGGAGACAAGGAUCCCAGAGCGCAGCAGACAAACCCCAAGGAAGAGACACCCAGGGACUGCCUGCAGUGUGGGAAAAGAUUCAUUCUGCGCUCACAGCUUGUAACACAUCAGACAAUCCAUACAGGAGAGAAACCCCUUCAAUGCUCGGACCAUGGGGAAAGCUUCAAUAAUCCCUUGGACCUUAAUAACCAUGGGAGACGCCACACAGAAGAGAAACCCUCUCGAUGCCUUCAGUGUGGGAAAUGUUUCAUUUGGAAGUCAGAACUAAUUACUCAUCAGAGAAUCCACACAAAAGAGAGACCCCAUAAGUGUUUAGUCUGUGGAAAAAGUUUCAUACACAGGUCAUCCCUUGUUAAACAUCGGGCAAUCCACACAGGAGAGAGACCCCAUAAGUGUUUAGUCUGUGGAAAAAGUUUCAUAUGGAGGUCAGACCUCGUUAAACAUCAGAGAUUCCAUACAGGAGAGAGACCUCACAAAUGCAUGGACUGUGGGAAAAGUUUCAUUAGCACCUCAUCCCUUGUUUUACAUGAUAAAAUCCACACAGGAGAGAGACCUUAUCAAUGCUUGGACUGUGGGAAAGGUUUCAUACAGAGGUAUUCCCUUGUUAAACAUCAGGGAAUCCACACAGGAGAGAGACCCCAUAAGUGCUUCAUCUGUGGAAAAAGUUUCAUAUGGAGGUCAUCCCUUGUUAAACAUCAGGCAAUCCACACAGGAGAGAGACCCCAUAAGUGCUUCAUCUGUGGAAAAAGUUUCAUAUGGAGGUCAGACCUUGUUAAUCAUCAGAGAUUCCAUACAGGAGAGAGACCUCACAAAUGCAUGGACUGUGGGAAAAGUUUCAUACAGAGAUCAGACCUUGAUAAACAUCAGAGAAUCCACACAGGAGAAAGACCUCACAAGUGUAUGGAGUGUGGGAAAAGUUUCAGAAUCAUAUCAGACCUUGUUUUACAUCAGAGAAUCCACACAGGAGAAAGCCCCCAUAAGUGCUUAGUCUGUGGGAAAAGUUUCAUUCGGAGAUCGGACCUUGAUAAACAUCGGAGAAUCCAUACAGGAGAGAGACCUCACAAAUGCAUGGACUGUGGGAAAAGUUUCAUACAGAGGUCAGAUCUUUUUAAACAUCAGGGAAUCCACAUGGGAGACAGACCCCAUAAGUGUUCAGACUGUGGGGAAAGUUUCAGAAUCCCAUCAUUCCUUGUUUUACAUCAGAAAAUCCACACAGGAGAAAGCCCCCAUAAGUGCUUAGUCUGUGGAAAACGUUUUGUACGGAGGUCAUCCCUUGUUAAACAUCAGGCAAUCCACACAGGGGAGAGACCCCAUAAGUGUUUGGACUGUGGGAAAGGUUUUAUACAGAGGUCAGAUCUUAGAGCACAUCAGAGGAUCCACACAGGAGAGAAACCUCAUAAGUGUUUGGAAUGUGAAAAAUGUUUCACAAGGAGAUCACAUCUUAUAGGACAUCAGAGAAUCCACACUGGAGAGAGACCCCAUAAGUGUUUGGACUGUGGGAAAGGUUUUAUACGGAGGUCAUAUCUUAGAGAACAUCAGAGGAUCCACACAGGAGAGAAACCUCAUAAGUGUUUGGAAUGUGAAAAAUGUUUCAGAAGGAGAUCAGAUCUUAUAGGACAUCAGAGAAUCCACACUGGAGAGAGACCCCAUAAGUGCUUGGACUGUGGGAAAAGUUACACACAGAGAUCACACCUCACUAAACAUGGGAGAAUCCACAUAGGAUCUAAACUUCUGUGACACAUGGCCAGAAACGGUUAAGCAACUUGCAGGCUAAUUGACCCAGAUUCAACCUUUAGACACAGGUCAGAAAUGUGUGUAAGUGGAAAUUAGAGCCAUUCCACAUUAGAUAAGCUAGAGCUUUGAAAUGUAAACUUUUAUGGUUAAAGAACUGGAAGAAGCUAGUAAUUGUAAUAGUCUGUGGUUACUUACAUCUUGUUAGAGGUUAACAGUGUAACCAAAGGGUUCCUGUCUAGGGUUGUAUUUUGUUCAAUCUGAGAUGGAAAGGAAAUAUUAACAUAUAGAUAAAACUUGGGAGUAAUAAUGUCUAUUAACUGCUUUAUGGAUAUUUACCUAAUUUUUGAUCCAUUUAAAUAAUUACUAGUGAUGUUUAGGAAAUAGAAGAUUACUUGAAAAGCCUAUUGUUCACCUGGUGAAGUGAUUCUGAAACAGAGGCUUUGCAAUUUUAAUGCUUCAUCUCUACAGUGAAACCGACCUAAGGACUCUAUUCAUCUCUGCAUGAUCUUUUAACCCACACGCUCUCUCUUUUCUGGUUGUAAGAAAUCUUAGUUUAGUUCAUAAGAACUGGCUGUAAGCGUGUAUUUCGGUCAGAACUAAAGAAAUCAUUAACUUGCUGGGUGAUUUUUCUGAUCCUUCGGGAUUGAUAGAACGUUUUAUAUGAUGAAGAAGAUUUUCAGUAAUCCCCAUCAUGUUUAACUGGGCGGUCUGGGAGUGAGCCCAAGGCCCAGUUGCUUUAAGGGAGCUGUUCUUUGGCCUCUGUGUAGCCAAUAAGGUAUUGUAGAGCAAACCCCAGGAAUAAUGAGGGGCAGAGGGGAUAAAAGGGGAUAGGUGUUUUGUUGGUGGCUUGGUGAAUCUAAGUAUUGAAAUAGCCACUAGUUUUGAGGAUUGUCAGCCCAUUCUUUGCAGUUUGCCCUAACUGAGCGAUCUCUGUGUGUCCCGUGAGCCCGGGACCCUGGUCACAACUUCAUAAAUGCCUUGCCUGUGGGGAAAGUUUCCUUCAGCUACCGCACCUCAUUAAACAUCAGAGAAUCCACAAAGGUGUGAGAGACCCUAGGAAUAGCGGAGCUGCGUGCUGGGGCUUGUCACAGACUGUGGGGGAUUCAGGGCGCUGCAUCCCCCACUUCCUGCGAUUCACCGUGACACUCAGUCAGCCAGUAAAACAGAAGGUUUAUUGGACGACAGGAACACAGUCCAAAACAGAGCUUGUAGAUACAACGAGGACACCUCAGCCAAGUCCUUCUGGGGGGUAGGGAGCUUAGGCCCCAGUCCUGGGGUUUCCCCCAUUUCCCCAGCCAGCUCCAAAACUCAAACCCCCUCCAGCCGUCUCACCCACCCUCCCCCCAGCUCCUCCCCCAGACUUGUCCAGUUUCCUGGGCAGGUGUCACCUGGCCCCAAACCCCCUCCUGGGCUCUCAUGUUACAUUCUCAGGUAUCUUCCCUCAAGGAAAGUCUCCUAUCCCAUACACAUUCCCAGUAAAACUCCCCUGCAACAUUCCCAGCUGAAUACUCCCCACUCCCUGCUGUGUCACAGGGCUAUUAAGUGUUUGGGGAUCAUGGGAUAAGAGGCGAGGGAGAGCACCGGGGUAGAGAGGUGCUGCCUCUCCUCACUCUCCCCGUCUGACCCCUUCUCCCAGCCACCUCUGCAUUCAGACAGCACCACUGAGAGGGGCUGGGUCAGAGCCAGGAGGCUGUAUAUCUACUUGUGGGAUUCGGGUAGGGGGCUUAAAUGACAACAGACACAAUUAAGGGGGACCUGAUGAAAGAAAUUUGAGACCCACUGGUCUACGCUAUUAUGGUCACCACUGUUACAAAAUGAUGAUACAUUUUGUACAAAUACAAGCCCUGUGAGGUGUCCCAUGAAAAGUGAUGGUCUCCUGCGUGUUAUUGUCCUGUUAAAUCGUGUGCAUCAACAUUGUGUAUGGAAUUAUGAGAUUUUGCCAUGGGUUUGUUACUGAACCAUGCUGGAAAUCUGGAAAAUGCCCACAGACUAGCUCCUCAGAGCCAGGUGCUAAGUGGCCAUUAAUUGCUUAGCCGGCCAUUCACCAGCUGUGGAGCUGGGAACAAGAGAUUUACAAUUCACCGGAAGGACGGCUGGACGCUCACUUAGACCACAGACUGGUUGUCGCCUGCCCCCGGCUUGGGGGUGAACAUCAAAGAGGAGAGUGGUAUAAAAGCACAAGGGAGAAUUGCCUCCAUUUUUACCUCUCCAUUCCCAUCUUUACAGAAGGCAAGAAGAUGGCUUGAAAGGCAACAGGGGCCUUGGACUGGGGAGGGCGGACCAGGAAAUCCAGCCUGGGUACUAAGAACUGUGAAUUGCCUGCAACAUCGGGUGGGGUGAGAAAAGCUGUUUCCUUCCAAUCUUCCUUAGCUUGGUAAAAUUGGGGAUUUAAAAUGCGUGUUUACCUUUUAUUUUUGUUGUAACCAAUUCAGACGUUUUAUCCCUUUCUCACUUGUGAUCCCUUAAAACCUACCUGGCUCUAGUUAAUAGACUUGUUUUUA